ACAAUGCUUUACUCCUUCUCCUGCUGCCUUUUAAAGAUGUCGCCGCUGCUACUUCCCCUGCAAUGUGGAUAUCACUUCCAAAGAAGAAAACUAGCCGUGUUAUUACAGCAGGCCAGCUGCUAUCAUCUCCUGAGGCACAACAAUGACCAGAAAAGUAGAACAUAUUACAAGCAAAACACAUUCCAGGUUCCACAGUCGUGUUUAAGGCAGGCUGCAUGGCAAAAUGCUGGAAGUGACAAUUGCAAACAGUUGUUAGAUGCUGCAAAGGGCCUGCAGGGGUGGCAGAUAGUAGACAAGCGGACAUGCUGGCACGGGAACGCGGGUGGGCGUCUCCACUCGGAUCCAAAAAACGUGUUGAAGGAGGUGCAUGCUGGCAAGAUUCUAGCAGCAAUGUUGUCAUAUGUUUGGCCAAAGGACAGGCCGGACCUCCGUGCUCGAGUUGCCAUCUCACUGGUGCUUCUUGCAAGUGCAAAGAUGAUGAAUAUAGUGGUUCCCUUCAUGUUUAAAUAUGCAGUAGACGGUCUCAACCAGAUGUCAGGAAACAUGCUGAAUCUGGAUGACGCAUCAAAUACAGUUGCAACCAUGGCAACGGCUGUUCUGAUUGGCUACGGAGUUUCACGUGCUUGUGCGUCUCUUUUCAAUGAACUACGGAAUGCCGUGUUUGGAAAGGUAGCUCAGAGCUCCAUCAGGAGAAUAGCCAAGAAUGUCUUUCUGCACCUUCAUAACCUGGAUUUGGGAUUCCACCUCAGCCGGCAGACGGGAGGACUGUCCAAAGCCAUUGAUCGGGGCACCAGAGGCAUCAGUUUCGUGCUGAGCGCUUUAGUCUUCAACUUGGGGCCCACUCUGUUUGAAGUUGUACUCGUCAGUGGGAUUUUAUAUUUUAAAUGUGGGGGUCAGUAUGCAUUAGUCACCCUGGGCACACUCUCAGCUUAUGCAGCGUUCACAGUGGCAGUUACACAGUGGAGGACUCGGUUCAGAAUAGAAAUGAACAAAGCCGAUAAUGAGGCAGGAAAUGCUGCCAUCGACUCGCUACUCAAUUAUGAGACUGUGAAGUAUUUUAACAAUGAGAAAUAUGAAGCAGAGAAAUAUGAUGGGUAUCUGAAAGUCUAUGAAGCAUACUCGCUGAAGACCACCUCGACGCUCGCGAUGCUGAACUUCGGGCAGAAUGUUAUCUUCAGCGUUGGCCUCACCGGUAUCAUGGUGCUUGCAAGCCAGGGGAUCAUGUCAGGGAACCUGACGGUGGGAGACUUGGUGAUGGUCAAUGGGCUACUCUUCCAGCUGUCUCUCCCCCUGAACUUCCUGGGCACUGUCUACAGAGAGACCAGGCAGGCCCUCAUUGACAUGAACACCUUGUUCCUGCUACUCAACACUGACACCAAAAUUAAGGAUAAGGACCUGGCCCCUCCUUUGAUGAUAACUCCCCAGGACGCCACCAUCAAGUUUGAAGACGUGUAUUUUGAGUAUCAGGAAGGCCAGAAAGUCCUGAAUGGCGUGUCAUUUGAAGUGCCAGCGGGGAAGAAGGUGGCCCUCGUGGGCGGCAGUGGGUCAGGGAAGAGCACAAUAGUAAGAUUGCUGUUCCGUUUUUAUGAACCCCAGAGAGGAAACAUCUACAUUGCUGGUCAGAAUAUCAGAGAAGCCAGUUUGGACAGCCUAAGGAAAGCGCUUGGGGUUGUACCGCAGGAUGCUGUUUUAUUCCACAACACAAUCUUCUAUAACCUUCAGUACGGGAACAUUAAUGCAUCACCUGAGGAAGUGCAUCAUGUGGCAAAACUAGCAGGAAUCCAUGAUGCCAUCCUGCGAAUGCCCAAUGGUUACAACACGCAAGUCGGGGAGAGAGGACUGAAACUGUCAGGAGGAGAAAAGCAGAGAGUAGCCAUUGCCAGAGCCAUCCUGAAAAACCCCCCUAUCCUGUUGUAUGAUGAAGCCACAUCUUCUCUGGACUCCAUCACUGAAGAGAAUAUACUAAAUUCUAUGAAAGAGAUGGUAAAAGAUCGCACCUCCAUCUUCAUCGCUCACAGGCUGUCUACUAUUGUAGAUGCAGAUGAAAUUAUUGUCCUGAAUCAGGGUAAAGUAGCGGAGCGGGGCUCUCACUACGAACUCCUGAGCAACCCAAACAGCAUGUACUCAGACCUGUGGAACACGCAGAACAGCAAGAUCCUGAACAGCAAUGGCAAGCCGGACGAGAAGAGCGAGAGGCUGACCAUGAAAGAGGAGGAGAGGAAGAAACUGCAGGAGGAGAUCCUCAACAGUGUGAAGGGCUGUGGGAACUGCUCCUGCUAAAGAGGGGCCGGCUGUACAGUGGAUAUUAGUUUGCUUCAGUGUUUUGCACUGGUACUCAGGUGUGAGCUGUUUAUAGAACACAUUGACCUUCUCUCUUCCUGUGUUAUAAUUGUAUUUGGCUGUCCUUGGCAGCAGCACAUUGGUUUGAAUCCAUGUUCAUAAGCCAAAUUUGUGUUCACAUCAAGCGAGACUGUCCUCCCAAGUGCUAUAUAUAUAUAAUAUCAAAAAACGCUGUUUGUAAUUAUCAGAAUUAUGAGGAAACACUUUUUAAAAUGAAUGAAUGGAUACUUUAUUUUUUAUCAACAAGAAGGUUUCAUAAUGACUUUAUUCUAGGAAGCCCCACUUGUCUGGGAGUACAAAAAUGUUUUACAAAUGCAAAUUUGUUGGUUUACAAAUGUGAUCAAGUGUGUUUAUAGUAUAGUGUACGUCAGCGUUGCAGUAUUUUAUUGAAACUAAAGAUGAUUUUGAAUUUCCAAGAAAAUCUAUUUGUCUUGGAUAUACUUGGGAGGGAGGGGGGGCGGGGACUGCUACAUUUUUCAGUGACACCUUACAUGUUUUGUGGGUUGGAGUCUGGCUAGGGUCACAAGUGAGUUUGCUGGUCUCGGCUUCGCCCCCAGUGGAAAUUAGUCUGCAUCACAAACCCUCCACUCACUUUUAAUACCAGUCAGUCUCCUCUUGACCGAUUACAGAUGGUUCAGGUCAGGAUUAAGGUGCAUUGAUGGAGUGAAACUCUCAAGGUCACUAAAAUCUUUGUUUGCCCAUUUUGAACAACGCUGAGGUGCUUCCAUCACAUGAGGAACUGAUCUGUACACUACUGGUUACGCACAGGGAUGAUCUUUACCCUGGUACAACUUGGUGUAGCAUUUCUAAAAUAUAGUAGCCCAAAGAAGAUGUAAUGUAUGUUUAUGCAAGUAUCUGGUUUAAAAAUAAUAAUACGCAAAACAGGAGGAGAACCUGUAGCACUCAAAUUGCACCCAAAAAGGGAUGUUUAUUCUUAAAAGCACAUUUUCUAUUUCUAUUGCUUCUAAAAAGGAAUCAGUGUGUGCAGUGAAGUGUCAAAGUCCUGCAUAGCCUGCUGCAUCCUUGUGAUACAAGCAAGCUGGGAUCCUUGAGGUUAAGUGUAAGCUAGCCUGGCUAUAAAGACGACCCGCUGGGCUGCAGGAGGAUGUUUUGCUUCAUGGACAAGUGACCUUUACAGUCAGGAUGCUUCACAAUAAAAUACACCAUCUCUGCGAUGCCCAGGUAUUAAAGUGAACUGCAGAAUGAGAAAGCCUUUUAUGCAGAUGUCAUAUUAUUGCUUCUUCCAGCAAGAUUACUUCUGGUCUAAUAAAUGAAGCGCCUUAAAAUGUUUCCAGUGCUUUUCCCAAUGACAUCAGUUCUACAGAUGUCAUUGGGAUAACAUCUACCUGUGUUAGACCUCUUGUUGUAUUUUGUUCUUGUUAGUAAUGUUAUGUUAGUGCUGCUUGUUGCAGAUUAUCACUGGAAAAGAAAUCUGGAAUUCUGUUUUUUAGUUUUAACAUUUGGGUUUUUAAUUUAUUUAUAUUUAUUUUUUCCUGAACUAACAUUUGCCAUAGUUUGAGCCACAGAAUGUGAUUCCAGGUUUUACACAGUAUCUAAGGUGUUCAAGUUAUUAUGCUGUUUUAAUCCUGACUGAUUUUUCAUUAAAUGGGGGUGGUUGAUUGCCCAUUGAGGGCCUUUGUGUUGUAAAUAUUGUGUACAAUGACCAUUUUCCUGAGGAAUCUGGGGUGGUCAGCUCACAGGUUUUACCUGUAAUGCACAGAUACUGUGUUUGAGCAUAUUUUAAAUUAGCACACAUAAGCUCCGAGAGGCCUUUUCAUAUGCUUUUGUUUAUUUUUUGUGGUUGUAGAUAUACACAUGCCAGUAAUAGUUUACAUAUAGCCACACCCACCAGAUUGUGAUCAUUACAGGAAAUAAAAUAAAUAUUUUAGUGCA